CUCAUAUAUUAUAAUAAUGUCAGAGGGAAUAUUUGUAUCUAUUAUGUUGCCUGCUUUUGUAGUGAAAAACGAAAAUUAAAUUAAUUAACUCUUAAAAUAACUACUUUGCAUCUCCUCUUAAUCGUAUGAAAUAUUUGAAAUACCAUCUAAGUUUGGCAAGGAAUUUGGAGUUAAAUUGAUACAAAAUUCAUUAAAUCUUCGAGAUAUUGAAGAAUUGAUAGAAGAAAAUAAAUAGCUUCAUGCAUCUUAUCAAAAAUGUAAAGAAUCCUUGUAAACUCUUAAUUGUGAAUUCGAAAAAAUAGUAAAUGAUCCCCUAAUUCAAUCAGAAUCUGACAAAAUACAAUAUCAAACUAAAAAACUCAAAAAAGUGAAGGAGGAAAAUAAAAGACUUCGAUAACUUUUAAAAUCCUAUCUUGACAACAGUGACAAUAGAAGAAUGGAGACACAUGCAAAAGUAGAGUUGCUUAAGGAGGAACUUCAUUCAUUAGUAAAAGAGUUUGCUGAGCAAGAACAACAAAAGAAAUAAAAUGAUAUUUUAAUAUCAAAUUGAUUUAGAGUAUACAAUUGAAUC